GGUCGAGAUUCUGGAGAAAAGACUGGACGAUGUGGAACAGCAAGAGCAUCCCAGUACCAAGGUGACUGUGAUUGAUCUGUUCAACAAUAUGGAAAGCAUUAAGCCCUUGUGGAAGCAGGUCCACGGCGUUGGGAAGGUCAUCCAAAGAAUCAUGAAGAAGUCUCCACGUGGUGUUCAUCUUCUGUGUUUCUCUCAAGGGGGUCUAAUUUGCAGAGGAGUUCUUUCCGUGCUCCCAAACCACAACGUGCACGCUUUCAUUGCGCUGGCUUCGCCACUGGCUGGACAGUAUGGAGUGUCUCAAGUCAUGAAAAGCUAUUAUCCAUCUUCUGCAAUGGAUUCCGUGUACUUUUUAUGCUACAACAAAUUUAUGCAGAAGCGCAUUUCUCUUUGCAACUUUUGGAAUGAUCCUCAUCAACAGGUAAAAUACCUGAAACACAACAACUUCCUUCCACUACUGAAUGGUAGAAAACCACACAGCAAAAUGGCAGAAUGGAGAAAAAACUUCCUGCGCAUCAAGAAACUGGUGCUGAUUGGUGGACCAGAUGAUGAUGUCAUCAUCCCAUGGCAGUCGAGUUUUACAGGGAAGACACAUUUGGACUCAGAACUCUGGACGCUCGCAGUGACAUAAUCAUGUGCAGCUGUUCUGGGGUCAAACACAGUGAGUGGGAUUCAAACCAGCAAGUAUUUAAGAGAUGCAUCAAACCAUGGCUUGACUGAAGAUCAGACAACCCUGGAUCAGCUAAGGAUCACUGACACAAAUGUCCCCUGCAUGUAGGAAGAGACUGUUUUGCCUUCAGUUUCUAGUCAACACAUUUAGAGUCAUGUAUUGUUCAAUUGUGGGACUACAACCAAAAUCCAUCUUUUUUGUGAUUCAUUCUGUUAAUAAUCUUGAAAUAAAAUUUAUAACAUGAAAGCUCUGAGCUCCAACCAAAAGAGCUGUUUGACCAAGACAAUGCUGACACACAAGAACAGUUUCUCUAACUAAAGUCUCACACAUAUUGUCAUAAUAUUUGUCGGUAUAAUGAUUUACUACAGGAAAAUAUAAAAUCUUAAUCUUCAUAGUCUUGGAAAAUGUUUUAAUAAACUUUUCUUUUUUUUAACCAGCUUUUGUAAAGGAUGAUUUUAUUAAUAAAAUAUGUUCUUCACUUCUAUUUUAUCUUCAAAAUCAAAAGAUCUGGUUUUUGAUUUAAAUGAUUAUAUAAAUAUAUUGGGUUCUCAAUAACAGCAGCUUUUUACUAUUUGACACAAAAAGUGGUCAUGUAAAAACCGAAUGAUUAAGGAAACAAGGAUUAGUGAAAACAAUUGAGAAUUAUUUACUUUGUUAAGGAAUUUAAAUGUCUUUGUGGCAUAUCUUCAAACAUUCAUUGUUUUCUUUAAAACAGCUCUGGAGGGAUUCAUAUUGCAGAUCUGCUGUUUGAGACAAUUUGACCAACUAUAUUGACUCAGUUGAGUCUGACAUUUACACUGAGUCUUCAUUUCAUACAGGACAGCAUUAUUUUACAAGAAAAACUAGAUUCCACCCUUUUUUUUUUACAGUACUUUAAGUAUGAUAGGGCAACAUAAACAAACUUAAAAACUAAAAAACAGAAAGAAAAACACAAGAUAUUGUUAAAAUUAAAAUAUUACUGUUACAAAUAAACUGUUUGAAUUCUAGGAUUGUAUGUUAUUUUUAUCAAGGUGACAUCAAUUGACAUCAAUUAAGUCAGUUUUUGGUUAACUUCUUUGGAAAUGGAUUACAGAAUAAUUUAUGACAUUUGAUUGUGUUCUUAAUUGUUUUGAAUGUUUUUGUGCUGAAUUUAUGGAAUAAAAUGUUAUUGUUUAUAUUCUGCAGCUGUUGAACCAUCUCCUGUCUCGUAUUUUAGAGAUAUGCCACAGGUAAUAGGUAAAAUGGGCCACCUUAUCAGCUAAAAUGAGCCACUAAAACUGCAAAGUGAAAGAGUCAUAAUUCACAGUAAAAUCUAAUUAUAUUUAAGAGCAUCAUAGAACAUUGUGGAAUAUGGAAGCAUAGUGUAUACAGUUUAAAAAAAGUGUUUUUCAAGACAGUUUUUCAGUCUUUUUAAAAACACACUUUUUAAAAUGAUUUUUGAAACAAUUCAAUACGAUUCCAUAUGGAUUUCCAAAAAAUCCCCCGAAAAAAUUGUUUUACUUUAGUUGACAUUGAUGCUUAUAUUGUCCAGUAGGGGGCAGUGUAGGAAGAAGAAGAACAAAAGCGUUUUGAUUGAACAGAGAAGACAGAAGGUUUAAAGAAGCUACUGUAAAAUGUGAAACUAUGCUGUGGUGGAUCGUGAUGAAGAGCACAGAGUAGGUCAAAAGGCUGAGUCUCAGUGUGUUGCUCAGGCUGAACUUCAGCAUCUACUCUCAGGUGUGAUCCCACAACUGAACGGCACGCGGGCUUUGACCUGCUCCGUUUUCGACCUGGGCCGAUUCACCCCUCCUUAGACGACCUGGUUGUCCCGAGCUCCCCCAGGAAGACCAUAUCGAUACGGAACAGAGUGCGGACACCCGAUCAGCAUAGUCCACUGCAGCUCAGAGCUCCUGAGCUCCAACCAUCCUCCAGCCUCAGCCUCCAUGAAGCUUGGAUUACAGGCGCGCGCCACCACACCCAGCGGGAGGUCAGCACACAAAUCAGCUGUUUGACCAAGAAGAUGCUGACACACAAGAACAGCUUCUCUAACUAAAGUCUCACACAUAUUGUCAUAAUAUUUGUCGGUAUAAUGAUUUACUAAAGGAAAAUAUAAAAUCUUAAUCUUCAUAGUCUUGGAAAAUGUUUUAAUAAACUUUUCUUUUUUUUUU